UCUUUGUUUUAAGAUCAAGCAUUUUGUCUUUUUGUAUAUUAUUAUUAAUGUUGUCAAAGUUAACAUUACUCGAGACUGAUGGUAUAUUUUGUUAUAUUUUCCAAACUAUUGACGUAUUUCUGUUUGAGGUGUGAAUAAAAUUACCAGAAAAGGUACAAACUUAAAUAUUUUGGUUUUGAUUUUAGGAGGUAAAAUUGUUCCUUGUUGCAAUGGAUAUGGUUGAAGUUGAUCCUAAGUUAUUUAUCACUUGCCGACUUUGCCUUGAUGAAAUGGGGCAGUACCAGAUAGUACCUCGAGUGCAGAUGCAGAUUAAAUACUGUUUUGAUAUUGAAGUUGAGCCCUUUGAUGGUCUACCACAGCUUAUUUGUAAAAAAUGUCAAUCUAUUUUGAGUGAAUAUGCUGGACAAAAACAAAUAUUUGAAGAAAAACAAAAAAGUCUUUUAUCAAAAUUUAAAAAAGUAAGUAACGAAAAUAGUACUUUGUCAAAUAAUCAUCAGCACCAGCAAGACACAGUCAGUUCCACACAGCAAGCAGAUAGUGUUUGUAAUAGCUUGCCAAAUGUAGAGUCAAACCCUAAAAUAUUGUUAUCUAACAGUCGAACGUCCUCUGCAGAUCGGGAGUCGUGUAAAGAAAAUACCAAUGUGAUUAUUAUUAAAAAAAAUGUUAUGAAGAGACCAAGAUCACUCUGGAAGAAAGAUUAUAUAAAACAUUUUGUAUGCAGGUUUUGCAGUAAAUCUUACAAGGAAAAAAGGAGUAUAAGUAAUCAUUUGAAGCAAUGUAAUUUGAAGGUAAGAUACUCAAAUGUUGUACGGAAUUGCUUUGUUGAAUUAGAUAGAAUGGGCUCAAGACCCAACUUGACCUCUUCAAACGGAAAUGUUGUUUGCAGAAAAGACAAAAUAAUUCAUUGUAGAAAUAUUAAUUAUUAUGUUCUGUAUACAUUGAAGUCAUUUGAGAAAUGUGUCUCUUCAUCUGAUGAAGAUUUUACGACAACCAGAAAACACAAGAGACGUCGCUUAAUUUCGAGAGGUUCGAAUGAAACGCUGGUCAUUGAAGGAAAUAUUUCUAAGAAUUCUCAACGUUCUGAUAAUGAAAGAGAGAAAACUAAUUUCAAUCAAACUAAAGUAACAGAUGUAAGUGACAUUGAAUGUGUUGAUAUUGAUGAUUCUGACAGUGUAUCAAGUGAUUUGAAAGUCUCAUCAAAUAAUAAAGAAUUGAUCGAGGACAAAUUACCUCCAAAACUAUCUCCUGAAAGUGAAAAAGUCAUGCAAGAUGUAAUAUCAAUGUGUUACAAUAAAUUUUUGAAGAGAUUAGACACAAGUGGUAUAAGUACAAACAAUUCAGGAAAUGUAGAUUCUUGUGUAGAACGAAAAAUUUUAAGUAUGGGAAUAGGAGUCGUAACUGGGAGUGGUCUCAUUUCAACAGGACUAAUAAGAUACAUGGAAUACAAGGAUCUCGUUGUAAAUUGGAUACAAAAAAAACAAACAAAUGUUGGAAUAAAAACUUUAAGAAGUUUUAAAAAUAAUGAUUGCCCUAAAUGGAAAAGCUUAAAAGAUUUAGACAACUCUUACAUGCCAAAUGAUUUUAUUGAAUGUUUUGAGAAAAUCACUAAAGUAAGUCAAUUUAAGUCAUUUAAACCUAAAAAGAUUAUAAAUUCAAUGACACAGAGUGUGACUACAGACAUUAUUAGUGAAGUGCAAAACACUGCUACUGCUGAAAUAGACAAUGUUGAAAAUUCAAACGCAGUGCUACAUUUUAAGACAUCAGAAAAAGAAAAGCAAACAAUGCUUCAAAACCUGUUAAAUAAAAAUCCCGUGCCAAUCCCAAAACAACUUCCAAAGGAGUCUUCUACUUCGGAAUUGUUGCUUUUGCUUAUAAAUGAGGACAUGUUGCCGAAUAGUGAACUGUCUAGUUGUGAUAAAAAUGUAUAUGGUAACAGUGAUAACUUAACUAUGCCAGUUAUAACUUCAACAAUAUCAUUAGCUAAGAAUGGUGACAUAACCGGCAAUGACAAACACAUUACUCAAACUGUUAAUAAUCAUGAGUCAGUUGAUCCUAAAUCGCAAUCAUCAGUACCUAGAAUAAAGGUUAAGUCUGUGUCUGAAUUGAUGUCGGAAGAAACCUUAAAUAGACAAAAAGGUUCUGUCCUGACUGAACAGACGAACAAUUGGAAUAGUAAUUUCUAUAACGGAGGCCAAAAUGUUUUUGAUCAAAAUGAGAAAACACCUGUAGCGCUUAGUUCAAAUAAUGUGGCUAGUUGUAGUGAUGCAAACUCUCCCCAGCAACCUAAUAAUAUAAAUCUAUCAGAAUAUUUUAUAAAUGCAAAUAGUUCCAAUGUACUUGUUACACCUUGUUCAAAUACAAGUAGUUAUAUUGUAAAUCCGCAGCAUCGUAAUCAGACUUAUGCAUCAAAUCGUUCACAAUCUGAUAUUAAUACUAACCCUUCAAAUCUACUAAAUCCACCAAGUUCAAUUGUUAGUAAUAGUGUUAUUGGUGUUGAUGGUCCUGAGCAUCCAAAAACAAGUUAUUCACAAUGUGCUAAGAACGCAAAAAGUUCCAAUAUAAUACGAAAUGUACCAAGUUCAAGCAAAAGUAAUUAUAUUUUUAAGUCUUUGCAGCCUAACACAAAUUAUUCACAAUUUGCUAUGAAUGCAGAAAGGCCAAAUAUAUACCUUGCACCAAGUUCAAAUGCAAGUAGUAGUACUGUAUACAGUCAGCAACCUAAUACAAAUAACUCGCAAUACUCUAUGAUUGCAACGAGUUCUGAUAUACGCAUUACACCAAGUAUAAACAUAAACAGUAGUAUUUCAAACCCUCAGCACCCUAACACAAGUUAUUCACAAUACACUGUGAAUGCUACAACUUCUAUGUGCGCUAUGCCAAGUUGCAGCAAUGUAACGUCUUGGUCAUCCCAUAAAAUUAGUGUUUCACAAUACAAUAAUGGUAAUAAAUACCCGAAAAACCCUCACAUAGCUGGUACAACAAGUUCAAAAUCAUCAUCAGAAGAACAGCAUAUAGAAAAAUCAAGUAAUCAGCAGUACGUUUUAAUGAAUACAAUAGAACUACCAUAUAAAAAAACCACUUCACCAUUUCGAUAUUUUCAAGAAUUGUUACAAAUUCAUAACAUUAAAUUAUUAGAUAGCAUUGAUGUUGCGACAAAUGAUAUGUCGAGUCUUAUAAAAUUUAAAUUAGUGUUUCAUCAAGAAUUCACUGCCAUGGUAACAUUAUGUUUAUCAUUGUUUUACUGUAGAAAUACUUUCUGUAUUACAGUGAAAGACGUUGAUUCGAAAGUUUUAGAUAUUGCUAAAUUAUCCGCAUAUUGGCAGUGGGAAAUACUUAAAGAAUUUAAAGGCGAUGUAGUUCCUAAACUUUAUGAGAACGCGAGCAAAAUGAGUCCUGAGGUGUUAAAUAAAACUACUUAUUUUGUUACUUUGCUCAAAAAUAUUGAGUUUAGUAAAUAGUUAUACACAUAGUUUGCUUUGAAUAUUUGUUUAUUUUUGCUACAAAUGCCGUAAAACAUUAAUUAAUUUGCUAUAAAUAUUUCAGUAGUUCUAGAAUAAAAAUGUACUUAGGUAUAACCCAAAAAUCUCUAACCUGUCAUUAUUAUUUAAAAUUACGUACCUAUCCAAAUGUAACAUUUUUAUUUUAAUGCUUUAAACGUCAUGUCAUAAUUCGCGUGGAGUGCCUCUAGCGCCAGCAAUCUUUAAGUACAAUUUUGCAUAAUGUACCUAUAGGUAUCGAUAAACAAAGUAAUGAAAUAAAUAAAACUUACAAAGUUUUAAUCAAA